UUAUGAUUCACAAUUUGACGUCCAGCUCCUUUAGCUCAUGGAGUACUUGAUUUUCCGUUCGGUUGGUUUAUAGCCGUACAUCGAGGACAAAGAACCAAGCGGGGAAAUGGCGGAAUGACCGGCGGUUAAUAGUCAACCAAGUCUGAGUAAGAAUGACGGAAGAAGAUACUCCCAAGCUUUACAUGGACAAACCUAAUAAGGCGCAGAGGAAACGUAAAGCGUCGUUUACAAUGGCGCCGUCAUUGUCGACGGCGAGUAGGCCUCCUCCAUCGACCAACCAGCCACUCAAGGAACCAUUCGCUCGGCGGUACAAGUUCCUCUGGCCUAUGCUCUUGGCCGUCAAUUUCUCCAUUGGAGCUUGCCUCUUGUUGAUGCCAAAAAAGAGAGAGGGAAUCCUUGAGAACUUAGAAGCAUCACAGGCCUCUAGCGCUUCGAUGGUCGAUGCUGAUGCACGUAUAUCUCCUGGUUCUGAAAAAUAAGGUACUUGAUUCAUAGUGCAAGCUGUAUGGUUGAACCAAUUAUAAGCAAAGGGAAAUAAUAGCAAGUGCCAGCUGCUGUAAUGGUUAUUAGAGAGGAGAGUUUUGAAGGCAUAAAGUCCUGAAUAAAAACGAUGCAUUGAUUAGCCUGGAGGGUGGCCUUUCUCUAAAGAAGCAGCUGCUGACUGCUGUAAUAGUUUGGCGGUCAUUUACGCUUGGAUCAGAAUGGAUUAUAUAUGUAUACGCUCUCAUUUUAACUGAGCUGAAAAUCUACAGAUGAAUUUGGUGUUCAUGUUUAAGAUACCAAUCUAAGUUUGUUUUCUAGAAAUGAAUGAGAUGUUCAUCGUU